UGGGACUCGAAUCAUCACGACAAGCAAUCACACUUUUCCUUGCAGACAACAAGACACACACCCAAAAAUGCUGACCCUCCCAUUAAUAGCUCCCCGAGCAGACGCCUCCCUCUGGCCCUCACACCACCUCUUCCACGCGCCCCCAGACGCCGAACCCUCCCCACACUCCCCACCCAACACGCACACCAACGCCCCCCAGCGGCACGCACACCACUCGCACCACGCACGCGCCACAACAGCAUUCCUGCACUCGCUCACACACGAUGAAAACACAAUCGACCAGCGCAAGCAAAACGUGCGCCGCUUCGGGUCCGGGUGGCUGCGGCCCCCCGGCGUGGCCAAGACGCUGCAGGCGCUGCGCGACGAGGAGCUGGAGAAGGAGGAGCAGGAGAUGAUGGCGCGGCGCGAGCAGGUCAUGCUUGAUCUGGCGGCGGCGCAGCAGGAGGCUGCGAAUGAGCAGCAGCGGGUUGCUGGGGAGGAGAGGGAUGGAGAUGGUGCCGGGGAGGGGGGUGAGGAGGGGGAGAGGGAUUUGGACGACUCGGUGCCCGAGGCGGCGUCUUUGUCGGAUUCUGCGUCAGCCAGCGGGUCUGCGUCUGAUGACGAUGAUGAUGAUGAUUCCGACACCGCAGGCGGUAGCGACGACGACGAGGAACAAGAAACCGCCAGCCAAACAGCCUCCGCCUCCAUAACCGGCACCGACACCUCCGUCCCCUUCAACGAAGACUCCUUCAUAGAAGGCAGCAUCCUCGAAGCAGAAGUCUCCCACAUGCUCGAAAUGGAAGAAGCAGAAAUCGCAGGCGUCUUGCAAGACGAGCGCGACCUCGACGACUCCAUCCCCGAAGCCGGCGAGUACGAGCACACAGACUCCGAGCUCGAACCAGACACAGACAGCGAGGUCGAUAUCAGCGGCUUAUCGUCUGCACGUCGCCGGCCCCCGCGCCGCCGCUCAAGCGCCCUGCGCAGUCGUCGCAGCUCCGGACUGGCAUCGCGCCGCUCCUCCGGUUUACCCCCCGCGCCUACAUCUACGAGACGUGCGUCUGGCUUACAUGCCACCGUGACGGCGGGCGCGAGGCGGAGCUCCGGGCUGCCUGCGGGUAUGAUGGGCGUUUAUGCUACGGCGGGCACGCUGGAUCUGGGUGCUAGUCUGGGCCAUGGGCGCAGUAGCUUUGGGAUGGAUGGGAGUAGUCUUCUUGAUGGGAGUUCGUUCCUUAGGAGUUCGCCUGCUGCGACGGCGGCGAGGGUUAGUCUUAGGGAGAGGUUUUUGAAUUCGACGACGGAGGGGGGGACGAGGGGUGGGAGGGGGAGGAGGGAGUAG